AUGGGGAGAAUACAAAUUCAAAAUUAUGAUCGGAAGCAAAUUUUAAAUGAACAGGAAUGUCUAAAUAGAUAUGAUGAAUUGGUAAAAGAAAUUGAACCUAUAAUUGCCGAAGUUAAUAUAAAUGAUCCUGACGGUUUCGACAAAUGGGAAGAAGUAAAUAAACAAAUACAGGAGAAAGAAAAGGAAUUAAAUCCAUGCCGUGAAAAAGGAUUCUUAUCAAUUUAUUUAUAUGGUGAUGAAGACAUACAGGUUUUUAAUAAAAAAUGUACUGAAAAUCCGGAAUGUCCUAGUAGUCCAUUAAAUCCCAAAAAUAUACCUGCUCCAUUAAAAAGCAAAAGUGUAGGUCCUUGUGAAGAAGGUGAUCGGUGUAAUGAAGGAGAACUAAAAACAACUGCACAUGAAGUUAAAGCUGAAUCAAGAGAUGGUGCACUUACCUCUAACGCUGUAAAAUUGGAAGGGCAAGACUCUGGGAAGAAUCAAAACAAGAACAAGUACUUACACAGACCCAAGUGGGGUCAAAUACUCACGGGAGCGAUGCUGGACCUGAUAAUAAAGCAUCUGAUGCAAUGGUUGGUCAACCUUCUGAUAAACCUGGAGAGAGAGAGGAUCAACCACAAGUUCAAUCCGCCGCAGCUCCUCCCGAAAAUGAUCGUGGUGAUGCUGAUGAGCAACAUAAUUCCGACACAGUUGGUGUUAAAGCAGCAGAUCAUGGUGAAAGAAAUAGCCGUUGUCCUACUCGUAGUGAAAAUGUUGGUUAUGAAGCACCUGCUGGUGAAACUUCUUGUAGUGAAGAGCAAUCAAACACCACAGAGAGAAUACAUCAUGAUGGGGUUAGCCCCCGUGGCACUCAUCCUCCUAUUGACGUUUCUCUUUAAAUACACCCCCAUGAAGAUGCUUUUUAGACAGAAAAAGAGCAAGAACAAAAAAAUAGGGCAGAAAAAAUGCAAAGGGUAUUAA